AUGGACCUCAAAAUGGACAAAGGCAAGAUUGCAGCACAGUGUGGUCAUGCAACCCUAGAAGUCUAUAAAAAGGCCAAGCGUUCCCAACCCGAAUACGUUCACCGGUGGAAGCAGCUAGGUCAAACCAAGAUUGCUAUUAAAGUGCCGGAUGAAACACAGUUACUUGAGCUUCAGCAAACGGCCAAAAAACUCGGAGUGCCUGCUGCUGUCAUUCAGGACGCGGGUCGAACACAGGUAGCACCUGGCAGUCGCACGGUUGUUGGUCUAGGUCCAGCUCCUGUGUCUGUCAUGGACCAGCUUACGCGCAGUUUCAAGCUUCUUUAA